UCCCAGCUCAUCUUCACUCUCCGCUCAGAGCCGACGACCGCCGACGACCAGCAGCCAUGACCUCCUUCUCCACCAGCAACAACUUCAUGUCCUCCUCCUUCGGCCGCCGUGUCGGCAGCGUCUACGGCGGCGCUGGAGGAUCUGGGGUCCGUGUCUCCAAGGCCUCCUACUCCUACGGCUCCUCUGCUGCCGCCGCCGGUGCCUCCGCAAACGUGGUUGACAUCAACAAGAAGGCCACCAUGCAGAACCUGAACGACCGCCUGGCCUCCUACCUGGAGAAGGUGCGCUCCCUGGAGAAGGCCAACGGCGAGCUGGAGCUGAAGAUCAGGCAGUUCCUGGAGAACAAGGCCCGGCCGGAGGGGCACGACCUCACCGCCUUCAGCAUCCGCAUCAAAAAGAUGCAGGAGGAGCUCUGCCACGCCGCUCGUGGAAACGCGGCCCUGGUCCUCGCCAUCGACAACUCCCAGCUCGCCACCGACGACUUCAAAGUCAAGUACGACAACGAGAUGGGCAUGCGUCAGUCGGUGGAGGCCGACAUCGGCGGGCUGAGGAAGGUUCUGGGCGAGCUGACCGUGGGCCGCAGCGACCUGGCCAUGCAGGUGGACGGUCUGAAGGACGAGCUGCUCCAGCUGAAGAGGAACCACGAGGAGGACCUGCUGGCUCUAAGGGCGCAGAUGGGAGGCCAGGUGAACGUGGAGGUGGACGCCGCUCCGCAGGAGGAUCUGAGCAGCGUCAUGUCCGGAAUCCGGGAACAUUACGAGAACGUCGCCACCAAGAACCGCAAAGAGCUGGAGGCCUGGUUCCAGACCAAGACGGCCGAGCUGAACAAAGAAGUGUCCGUGAGCACCGAGACUCUGCAGAUGUCCAAGUCUGAGGUCGGACAAGUCAGACGAAUUCUCCAGAGUCUGGAAAUCAAACUUCAGGCUCAGAUCAGCAAGAAAGCUGCUCUGGAGGGAACUCUGGCCGAGACCAAGAGCCGCUACGGCAACAUGUUGGCCGGGUACCAGGCGCAGGUGGAGGGUCUGGAGGAGCAGCUGGCCCAGCUGAGGUCCGACCUCAACAACCAGAAGGUCCAGUACUGUGAACUGCUGGACAUCAAGACCCGGCUGGAGCUGGAGAUCGCCGAGUACAGGAGGCUGCUGGACGGAGACGCCAAGAGCACCACCACCUCCACCAUCAAGACGACCCGCGUGGUGACCAUCGUGCAGGAAGUGGACGCCGAUGGAAAUGUGGUGACGACCAGCAGUUAAACUGUGACCAGUAAUAAUCAGAGAUCCAUAAUACUGUUAUUCCAUAAUACUGUAAUCAGAGAUCCAUAAUACUGUAAUCAGAGUCAGUAAAGUCUGUGCUUCAAUAAAAAAACGUCUGACAUCA